CACGAAGCAACCUCCAAAUCUUCAAAUGAAUUUUUGUUUUCGAUAACCAAAGAAACGUGUCUGAUGACCCAUCAUGACAUUGGAAGCACAACGCUUGCCGGAGUGUACGUACGAAAACGUCGAAUUUGUAUGUAAAUUUCUUAUGCUGGGAGAUUCGGGUGUUGGAAAAACGUGCUACGUUCAUCAAUAUCUACAUGGCUGUUUUUUGAACAAGUUUACUUCGACGAUAGGAAUGGAUUUCGGUGAAAAGUUUAUUGUGCAUCAUCCUGUAGCUCCCAAUGGAGUAAGAGCAACAAAAGGACAAAGGAUACAUUUACAACUUUGGGAUACAGCAGGCCAAGAAAGGUUUCGCAGUUUAACUACGGCAUUUUUUCGUGAUGCCAUGGGGUUCUUACUAGUAUUUGAUCUCACCCAUGAACAAUCAUUUGUGAAUAUAAGAAACUGGCUCAGUCAACUGCAAACACACGCUUAUUGUGAAAAUCCUGACAUAGUUUUGCUAGGUAACAAGGCUGAUCUUCAGGAUUCACGGGCGGUAGACAGCAAUGAAGCCAGAAAUAUUGCUGAAAGUUUAGGCCUACAAUAUUUUGAAACCAGUGCUGCUACUGGUCAGAAUGUCAAUGAAGCCAUUGAAGCAUUACUCGAUCAGGUCAUGCGACGCAUGGAAGCCUGUGUUGAUACUGACUUGCUACCAAGUAGCUUUAUCAACAACAACAGAAAUUCAACAAGGUUAAGAGAGGUUGACGAAGCUAACGAUGAAUCAGGUUGUGGGUGUUAGGAAGAUUAUAUUGAAAAAUUUUGACAUAAUUCAAUCAUCCGUUGUACUUCCAAAAGGUUUGCUGGUACUACUAUAUAAGCAGUUUUUUCCAUCAAAUGUUUUUCUUGUGGUCAACAGUCAUAGUUAGGUGGUAAUGGGAAACUUAGUUCUUAUUAACCAACAUGGAAAUUUGUCUAAGUUAAUCAUUAGCAUUUACAGUACUUUUCAUUCAAUUGAUUGUUGAUCUUCUAGUGUAUAGCAGGGUUCAAAUUUGCCAGGAAAAAAAACGAUGUGCAAUUGGCUCAGUGCUAGCAAGAGUAAUGAGCAAAUUGCACAAUGUUAAUUUUAACUCUGGUAAAUAAAAUACACCAUUAGAUUACAUCAUAUGUGAUAGUCUACUUUUACAAUAUAUGUCUGUUUUUGAAUACCCACUAAUUAUAUAUUAAGACUGAAGAUCACCUUUAAAACAUUUGAAGUUUUAUGUUUUUAUAGUCGAAAUUUUCACUCUGGGACACAAAGCAACACUACGAUGUUGCUUUAGAUGUACCAAAUUGUCUUGUUUUUAAAAAGUGUGCAAAAGUGAGGAAUUUAUCCAACCAUAUUUACUAAGAAUAUGUUUAUUUUGUUGGUAAAUUUCUCACCUCUUUUGCAUGCUUGUGAAUUAUAUAAGCUAGUCAAACCUUGGUAUUAGAGGCAAGUGGUCUCAAAAUUUUGCUCUUCACCAAAUGAAUGAAGACAUUUAUGUUCAGGAUGUCCAAAGUGUUUCUAAGUUCAUUGGCAUGAAGAGUUGAAUUUAAUUUAUUGAUUACUAUAAAGACAUCAUGUAUAGUGCAACAUUGGCUAUACAUAUAAUGACAGAAUUAUGAAUAGUUUCUUCUAAAUUCAAUAGUAUAGAAAUAUCUGGAAGAUGGAAUACUGGUAUUUAAUGUUUUUAGAAGAAAUGUCAAAUAUUACAUCAAAUUAUUUCUGUAAUAAUGAAACUGCUGGUACAACAUGAAGAAAAUAGUGAUAUUGCUCAUUCAUCAAAUAA